AUGCUGUUAUGGAUUAAAAAUGCACUGACACCACAGGAAAUCAGGGACCACAUUAUGAAUCCUACCUCAGAGUUUCAGAAAAGCAUUGUUGAAUAUCUGGAAAGUGUGCAUAAAGGGGAAUUCACAACAGGUACCAUGGCUGAGGUGGAAGAGCAUGUUAGUAAAAUAAGAAGUGAUCCUGAUCAUGUUCUUCUGACUUUGACUAUGCCAGAUAAGGCUGCAAUUCCAUGCACAAAGCAUACUAAAUUCACUCAAGAUUGUAAACACUGUCAAGUAUACAGGGACUGGCAUAGCAAAUAUUCAGCAGAAACAGAUGAAUUAUUGUAUUUGUUGAAUAAACACAGUCAUAAUUAUGGGUGCAAAAACAACAAGUAUAAAACAUGCAAGGCCCACUUUCCUCGACAGACAUUCACACAGACUUCAGUUGACCCAGAAACAGGUGCAUUAAAUAUGAAAAAGGGUGAAGCAUUUUUGAAUACAUUUACCCCUGUGGUCACAUAUCUUAUGCACUAUAAUACUGAUGUAACCAGUUUACUGUCUGGUACUGCUAUCAAGUCAGUGAUAGCAUAUGUAACAAAUUACAUUACAAAGUCUCCACUCAGAACACACACCAUGUUUGAUGCCAUACAGAAGGUGUUUGACAGAAACACUGAAAUGAUCAAUAGUGACAACAUUAAUAGAAAACAAAAGGCAUAA